GUCUUUACUUCCGGGUACCUGUCAGAUAUCACGAAACAUCGCAACAUAGUAAACACGUGAAAUGUUUACUUGCACUCAAAAUACCGCGGUCAAAUAAAUUUAAUUAAGAUGAUUGUGACCGGAAAUCAGUUCAAAUAUCUGGAUUUAUAAAAUUACGGAAUAUAUAGAAAACACGACAUAAGGUUGUCAACAUUCAAAGAGAAUACACAAGCAUGCCUGGAGAUAGUGUGAAGGUUGCUGUUCGUGUUAGACCAUUUAAUCAGAGAGAGAAAAAUGCAGGGUCAAAGUGCAUCAUAUCUAUGUCUGGUCAAACAACGAGUAUCAAAAACCCAGAGAAUAACGAGACAAAGGCAUUCUCUUUUGACCAUUCCUACUGGUCACAUACAGAUUUUGAUGAGAAUGAACUUGGACUUAACAUUGCAAAAGCAGGAUCCAACUACAGUGAUCAGAGACAAGUAUAUAAUGACCUUGGUAAAGGUGUGUUAGACAAUGCCUGGCAAGGUUAUAACGCUGCCUUGUUUGCCUAUGGACAGACAGGAUCAGGCAAGAGCUACUCUAUGAUAGGCUAUGGAUCAAAUAAAGGCAUUGUACCAAUCUUAUGUGAGGAGCUGUUCAAAGCUGUCGAACAAAAUGAUGAUAAAAGUAAACAAUUACAGGUAUCUUUUAGUAUGCUUGAAAUCUACAAUGAACAAGUAAGAGAUCUACUGGUCAAAGCUAAACCACAACAGGGUGGAUUGAAAAUCAGACAAAAUCCACAGAGUGGAUUCUAUGUUGAAGGUCUUAGGCUUGUACCUGUUCGUAAUUACAAGGAAAUAGAAAAUUUAAUGGAACAGGGAACAGUUAACAGGACAACAGCAUCAACAAACAUGAACGCCACCAGUAGUCGAUCACAUAUGGUUAUCACCAUUAGAUUUGCACAGGUUUUCCAAACAGAUGGAGGGAGUAACACCAGGAGUAGUGAUAUCAAUCUGGUGGAUUUGGCAGGAAGUGAGAGAGCAGACUCAACAGGAGCAACUGGGGACCGUCUCAAAGAGGGUUCUGCUAUAAACCAGAGUUUGUCAACUUUAGGAAAUGUUAUUAGUGCUUUAGCGGAUCUUGCCAUGGGAAAGAAGAAAACACUGGUUCCCUACAGAGAUUCAGUGCUAACAAAGCUAUUACAAUCAGCCUUAGGAGGGAACAGCAGAACUAUCAUGAUUGCUGCCCUAAGUCCUGCAGAUAUAAAUUACGAUGAAACCUUAUCCACACUCAGAUACGCCGAUCGUGCAAAGAAAAUCCAAAAUAAAGCAGUUAUUAAUGAGAGUCCAACUGAUCGUAUGAUUAGAGAGUUGAAGGAAGAGAACGCAAAACUCAUGGCUUUGAUAAAAAAGAGUGGCCUUGGUGGAGGUCAUGGUAUGAGCAAAGAGGCAACAGAAGAGUUAGAAAAGAUGUUGAAAGAAAAUGAACGGAAAAUGCAAGACAUGCAGCUAACAUGGGAACAAAGAUUAGAACAGGCUAGAAAAGACUGGGAAAGAUCAAAAGUUUCCUCUCCUUCAAGUGGGGACCAGAAGAAAGAUUGGGAAACAGUGCCCUACUUAACAAACAUCAAUGAAGAUCCUAUGUUAUCUAAUGUCAUCAAACAUUGCUGUUAUAAAGGAACAACAUUAUUGGGUAAGACAGGAAACCCAAAAGUCAAAAUUGAGGUCCGAGGACUGGGAAUACAACCGUCUCAUGCUGAACUUAUAAAUAUAAAUGAUAAAGAGAUGUUCUUAGAACCUGGUUCCAAAACAGCAAAGAUAUUUAUUAAUGGUCAUAAAAUCAAGUCUAAAACCAAACUGCAACAUUUGGACAGAUUAAAGUUUGGUUCCAGCUGUUUAUAUCAGUUUAUUGGUUUUCCACAAGACCGGAAAGCCAGUGAUCCAAUGGAUCGAUAUAAUUUUGAUUAUUUCAUGAUGGAAUUGGCAGAACAUGAAGGUGUUGCUAUGGAUAUCCAGACCCCUCGUGUCCAUGAAUCUACAGAAAACAUACGGUCAGUGAUGGUUUUCCAGGAGUUUAUGGAUUUGAUGCCACUGGUAUCUGAAGCUAAUGCAAUCAGUGAAGAACUCAAAAAGAAUGUUAUUUUGGAUGCUGAGGUUAAAAGUGAAGCUAGUCAUGAUCCAAAAGGUCAAGCAACAGGGAAAGAUGUCAUUAUAAAAGUCACAAAUAAAAAGACAAACAAGGUAUGGAUUUGGUCAAAAAGUAAAUUUUUACAUCGGAAGGAUUUAAUGGAUGAAAUGUACGUUCGAUGGAUGGAUGGAGAAAAUGUGAUUGUUAAAAGAGACAAAGAUCCAUUCUGGGAUCCUGUGGAAGAUAUAUUCCUAGGAAGUGCUCAUAUACUGCUUCAAAGUUUGUCCUAUUGUGUAGAGAUAGAUGAACAUUUUACAUUACAUAAUUAUCAUGGAAAAGAGGAAGCAGUAACCCAGGUGAAACUGUUACCCUGUGAUGGUAAGGGAGAGCUAUACAGUGAAGAUGAGAUUAUAGAACCACAUGAAAUGAUAGGAAAACCAUUCAAUAUGAUAUUUAUGUUACCACAAUGUAUGGGUAUUCGAUGGACCAUGGAGAACCAGUCUAGAGGAAUUUACUGCAGGACAAAGUUUUACAAUCAGGCAAAUGUUAUCAAUACAAAGACUGUGUGGGGUAAAAGUUACGCAGAUCUCAAAAUGAGGCAGCAGAUUACAAUAAAAAAAGUUACGGAAGAUUUUCUGAGGUAUCUCCAGUCAGAUAAUAUGGUAUUAGAACUGUGGGGAACUCAAGUGGACGAAGAUAAACAACUAGCCACAAUGAUCAAUGGCCACAGUAAUGGUACAUCAGACGAUGGUAACGAUAUGUUGACACAGUUACAAAGAAGGGAGGAAGAAAUUGAAGGCCUACAUGAAAUCUGUGAUACGCUGAAGAAAGAAAAUUUUGGUUUACUAAAAAAAUUGGAAACACAGAAACAAGCUACAGCAAUUGCCAAUUCCAGAAGAAAUGAAUCAGAUAAAACAACAGUAGAUACAGGUAGUACCGCUGGGACACGGAAAGAAGAAAAACCAGGAUUAGAUGUGGAUCUUGCCAAAUCAUUGAAAAAUUUCUUUAAAGAUAUUAAAUUUGUUCAACACAACAUACAGCAAAUGAAACAAAAUGUUGAUGAAGUACAACAAAGCAAAGAACAGAAUGGUAAUCUGCUGACAGCGUUGGAACUACAACAAAAACAGUUACAUGAUGUUGACCUCAAACUCAAUGAAAGUGUGAGAUCGCUAAAAGAAAGUGUUGCAACUGUUAUUAAAAAAUCCAAAUCGUGAUAUAUAAAUAUGGCGCAUUCUCAGGUGUCAUGGUCUUUCAAAGUGAUUGCAGGUAAAUCUAAGAUGGAAGACACUGGUAUACAGCAUUUGUGAUAUAUUGUCGCGCCUCAUGUGAUUGGCAAGUUGUUAAGAUGUGUGGUACCUAUCAGACAAUCGUGAAGCUGAUGAUGACCAGUAUUAUAUAUGAUACAGUGUAACCUUUCUAAUCCGACACCUGAGUAUACCAACAUUCUGCUUUGACCAACACAUUUUCUGGUACCAAAAUAUACCUACCCUUACAGAAAAAACCUAAGUAUUCUGACACUGCUUAAUCUGUCAUUUUUUAGCUCACCUGGCCCGAAGGGCCAAGUGAGCUUUUCCCAUCACUUUGCGUCCGGCGUCCGUCGUCGUCCGUCGUCCGGCGUCCGUCGUCCGUCGUCGUUAACUUUUACAAAAAUCUUCUCCUCUGAAACUACUGGGCCAAAUUGAACCAAACUUGGCAACAAUCAUCAUUGGGAUAUCUAGUUUAAAAAAUGUGUGGCGUGACCCGGUCAACCAACCAAGAUGGCCGCCACGGCUAAAAAUAGAACAUAGGGGUAAAAUGCAGUUUUUGGCUUAUAACUCAAAAACCAAAGCAUUUAGAGGAAAUCUGACAUGGGGUAAAAAUGUUUAUCAGGUCAAGAUCUAUCUGCCCUGAAAUUUUCAGAUGAAUCGGUCAACCCGUUGUUGGGUUGCUGCCCCUGAAUUGGUAAUUUUGUGGAAAUUUUGCAGUUUUUGGUUAUUAUCUUGAAUAUUAUUAAAGAUAAAGAUAAACUGUAAACAGCAAUAAUGUUUAGCAAAGUAGGAUUUACAAAUAAGUCAACAUGACCGAAAUGGUCAGUUGACCCGUUUAGGAGUUAUUGCCCUUUAUAGUCAAUUUUUAACCAUUUUUCAUAAAUCUUAGUUAUCUUUUACAAAAAUCUUCUCCUCUGAAACUACUGGGCCAAAUUAAUCCAAACUUGGCAAUAAUCAUCUUUGGGGUAUCUAGUUUGAAAAAUGUGUCCGUUGACACGACUAUCAAAUCAAGAUGGCCGCCACAGCUAAAAAUAGAACAUAGGGGUAAAAUGCAGUUUUUGGCUUAUAACUCAAAAACCAAAGCAUUUAGAGCAAAUCCAACACGGGGUAAAAUUAUUAAUCAGAUCAAGAUCUAUCUGCCCUAUAAUUUUCAGAUGAAUCUGACAACCCAUUGUUGGGAUGCUGCCCCUGAAUCGGUAAUCUUAAGGAAAUUUUGCUGUUUUUGGUUAUUAUCUUAAAUUUUAUUAUAGAUAGAGAUAAACUGUAAAAGGCAAUUAUGUUCAGCAAAGUAAGAUUUACAAAUAAGUCAAAUGACCGAAAUGGUCAAUUGACCCCCUAAGGAGUUAUUGUCCUUUAUAGUCAAUUUUUAUUAAUUUUCAUAAAAUUUGUAAAUUUUUAUUAACAUUUUCCACUGAAACUACUGGGCCAAGUUCAUUAUAGAUAGAGAUAAAUGUAAGCAGCAAGACUAGUAAAGUAAGAUUUACAAACACAUCACCAUACCAAAACACAAUUUUGUCAUGAAUCCAUCUGCUUCCUUUGUUUAAUAUUCACAUAGACCAAGGUGAGCGACACAGGCUCUUUGGAGCCUCUAGUUUCUUGUCCCCAGAGUGUAGGAUAACACAGGUUACACUGUAUAUACAUAUUUUGCCACCAGCAGUUUCGUUUUAGGGACUUUUGUAUUGUAUUAUAAGAUGGACUAUGGGGCUUUAUGCAAUAAAUCGAUGAUCAUAAAAUAUUUGCAAUAUUCACAUUAUCAUUCAUUCAUUUACAAUCAAUCUUUCUUUGAAGUUAUAAUCAAUUUUUGUGGAUAUUGAAUUCUUUUCACAUUUUGUUGUACAAUCAAGUUUGAAUGAAAUUGAAGAUGCUACAUUCACUCUCGAGUUUUUGUCUUAAAAUAUUCUGACCGUGAACAUAAAUGAGGUUAUUAGUUUUUUUCUUUUGAAUAUAAUUUUGGGACUUUCAUAGCUUACUAUGCAAUAUAGGUUUUUCUCAUUGUGGAAGGCUGUUCAGUGACCUAUAAUUGUUUUUUUUCUUAAAUAGUUUUAUGUUAUCUGAUAGAUGAAAAUACCAUUAAAAUGGAAAGAUAUAAUUAAUUAUUAGGGAUAUCCACUUAUCAGGAUGCUGAAAAUGGCAAUUCAAACAAACAUAUGAUGUGUUUGGAUACUUUUAUUACUGAAAUUGCUAGAAGAAAUGAUUAUAUAACAUUGUGAAAGGAGAUUGUAAAUUCAGAAAUCGUGAUGUUUUUAUUUAUGCAAAAAUGCUACACUAUCAGGUACACAAUUAUAAGAAUUCGCACUUGUAAUUUCAGUAGUGAUUUUCCUUCUACUAUAAAAUUUCCGAAUUUGCAGAAUUAAUUGCUGCACCAUUCUAUUACUGCAAGUAAAAUUCAUAUCAGUUUAGUGUAGUCCAGCUACAUUUGCAAAUCUGUCCUAGUUUUCAACCUCAACACUUUAAAAAAAAAAUAUAAGUCAUUUCAUCAUUUACUAGAUAAUUUGAUAUACAUGUAUAUUUCAUAUUGACCAUUUCAUUGUAGAUCUAUUUUCUUUCUGUCCAUUUUAUUAUACUUUAUUUUUCAUUCCUUCUAUUCUAUUAUACUUGUGUUUUUCAUUCCGUCCAUUUUAUUAUACAUAUGUAUUUUUUUCGUUCCGUCCAUUUCGGGCAUUUUUAUUUUGUGGUGAGGGACACUAUAUGUUUGUGUAUUGAUUUAUGAAUUAUCAUACAGUAAAACCUGACUAAACCGAACCCUUUCAGGACAUGAGAUGUUGUUCGGUUUUGGCAGGUAUUCGGUUUCAUCAGGUUCACAAUGCAUAAAAUGUGAUAUGAUUGGUCUUCAGAACAAGUUUGGUUUAGACAGGUUUCCGGUUUAUUCAGGGUUCGGUUUAAUCAGGUUUCACUGUACAUAGUUUGUGAAUAUGUUUACAUAAUUUAUAUAUUUCACUAAUGUGCAAUUGUUUCAUAUUUGAUUAUGCAUUCAGUUUCAUUUCACAGAAUUGUUUAUGUAUUGUUAAAAAUUUAAAGUUUAUUGGACAAAGAAACAUUAAAGGAUUAAAAAAGUUAAA